UGGAAUAUCUCCACGAUAAAUAGCCAGUCUCCUCCUCCAAUCCCCAAUUGAGUUCUCUCUCUUUCUAUCUCUCUCCAUAUCAAUUAGCAAAAGAGAUAAAGAUAGAGAGCAUAACUAUUGAACAAUUGCCAGAGCUUUGUAAGACAAAAAGUGUGAGUGUUCAAAGUGAUUCUCAUACUAUAAAAGAAGAGGGGGAGAAAAGAAGAUAUAUUAAAGGAGGUGAAGAUGGUGAGGGCUCCUUGUUGUGAGAAGAUGGGGUUGAAAAAGGGGCCUUGGACACCCGAGGAAGACCAGGUCCUCAUGUCGUACAUCCAGCAGCACGGCCACGGGAACUGGCGCGCCCUCCCCAAACUUGCCGGGCUAUUAAGAUGCGGGAAGAGUUGCAGGCUUCGAUGGAUAAACUAUCUUCGACCUGAUAUCAAAAGAGGGAACUUCACCCAGGAAGAAGAAGACACCAUCAUUCAUUUGCAUGAAAUGCUUGGCAAUAGGUGGUCAGCUAUCGCAGCAAAGCUGCCCGGUCGCACAGACAAUGAGAUAAAAAAUGUGUGGCAUACUCAUCUGAAGAAGAGGCUGAAGCACAGCGGGGCCUCCCCAAAGCACGAGUCCGACACCGGAAGGAAAUCCCAACCCUCAAGCUCCACCUCCACCCUUCAAGAAUCUCAGACUCCCGCAAGCAGGCCAAUGUCGCCCCAGCCGUCAUCAAGCGAGAUCUCUUCAGUCACAGAAACUUCAACGGUGGCCAGAGAAAAUAACAAUAACUUGGAGGUCAAGAGCGAGCAGGCAGACUUCUCCAUGGAAUCGCUCCCGAUGAUCGACGAUAGCUUCUGGACUGACCCUAUGUCGAACAGUCCUUCAGGCGAGUCAUCAGAUUUCUCGACUCUUACCAACAGUACCGUGCAUAUACAGUUCCCCUUUAUCGAAUCAGCUGACAUGAGCAAUGGAGAACUACUAUGGAACGAUAAUCACGUUCUGAACAUGGAUGACGGCAUGGAGUUCUGGUACGAUCUCUUCAUAGGAGCAGGCGGCGUGCAAGAACUACCUGAUUUUUAGACUCUUAUUACUUACUGAUCGCCGACGACUGGCGGACGUCACAAGACUUCCUUGGUCAGUAGCAACAAGUUCCCAUGGUGCAUGAUCAGAUUAAACUCACGUUGACUCGUCAACCAGUCGCUGCUUGGGAUCGUGGCGAGUACCGUUUGGCUGUUAGGAGAUUGGGAAUCAUUCUUUUGACAUAUUAGUACACAAAAAAGAGUAAUAAGGAACUGGGGGGGAAAAUGUCUCCCGGCCAACUAUUCAAAAAAGGCAAAGGCAAGCAAAAGUCUUUUUGAUGAUAAUAUGUUGACACAUGAGAACAAAGGAUGUUGACUUAGGAACAGUGUACUUUUCUAGUCUCACAAAGUUACCUUUAGGGUUUUCUUUUAUUAUGGGUUUUAGUCAUGUCUAAAAUUCAUUUUGAACAGAUUCAUUCUCCUCCAUAUAUACAAAAGGGCCACAGCAGGUCCGUUCGAUUGAUACC